AUGGCGGACCAAGAGGAGACUUUUGGCCUCCCUAACUCCCCCGGCGGCUCGGAUUCGAGGGAAUUACCGAGCGAGAAUAAAACAGAGAAACAGAACGGGACCUCGAGCAAAUCCCCGUCAUCACAGACAACUUACAUCCAGCAGGUUAGUAACCAUCUCUCUGUCUGUCCGUCUGACUGUCUGUCUGUCUGUCUGUCAGUCUGUCUGUCGAGGCCUCACUUUCACUGCUGCUGCUCCCGGAGUGACGGGCCAGGCCGCUUGUGUGGACCUCUGGGGUCAGACUCACUGCAUGGAGUGGAAAACCACAAGACUGUUGUUUUGAGCGUGAAAAUAUUCGAGAAAUAUGCGAGGAAAUGUCCACUGAUGGUGUGAACAAAUUAUCAUGUAAUUAAUUGAAAGCAAAGUUUUUGUUAUCCCAACUUUUUAUGUUAUUUUGUGUUUUAUUUUACUUUUUGGAAUCUCUAUAAUUUUUAAAAAGAAGGAAAUCACUAAAGAUUUUGUUGUAUUUAUCUAUCAGCUUAAUUUGUGACUUAAUUUGGGUCAUUAGUGAUACUAUAAUAUAUGUACAUUUUACUACCAUUACCUUGGUCCUGUUAUUUUUUGUGUUAUUGUAAAGCUCCAGCAGUUUUAAAGCUUUUAUUGUAACACCUUCAUCUUUAAUUCCUGAACAGUUCAUAUACAUUAUUAUUAUUAUUAUUAUUAUUAUUAUUAUUAUUAUCAUUAUCAUUAUCAUUAUUAUUAUUAUUAUUAUUAUUAUUAUUAUUAUUAUGCGCGCACGUGCAAACGCCCAGACUUAUUAUUGCGUAAAUUUGAAACUGGUCAUUUAUUUUAUCUUUUUUAUUAUUUACAUUUGGUGUAUUUGACAGUAAACUAUCUGAUAUCUCACAAGGCCUUAAAACCCAGUUUCACUUCAGCACCACAGACACCUCUGUGUGCGUAAAUUUAGUUACAGGCCUUUAACUGUCUUUGUGCGUAAACUACGAACACGAUGGUGUUUUAUUUUGAAGGGCAUGGAAGGAAUAAAAGUCUACCUGCACGAGAGAGAGCUAUGGAUAAAGUUUCACGAAGUGGGAACGGAGAUGAUCAUCACCAAAGCAGGGAGGUAAGACAACAACAACAAUAACAAUAUUAUGAUGUAUCAGUGUUAUUAAAGCUAAAAGUUCUCGGUUUCUGGCUGCGUAUGAAUAAAAUGAACGUUUUCAAGGCCUAGACUGAAAAUAUUCAGUAUACACUAUCGGACUCGUUUGCGAGGUUUCAUUUAUCUUUAGUGGGGAAUGUGGAAAUCUACACCAUGAGGGACCACAGAGAAAACACAGAGCAUCUGGUGGACGCUUUAACGCUCACGAGAGCAUACACUCCAUAUUCUAGUCUGGAUGUCCGUGUUUGGGAAUGCAAUGAUAUCCACAAAUGUGCGUAAAAGGACGAAUACAUUCAACAGUACAAAGUCUGAUGUUGUUUGGAGGAAUAUCUCAUUGAUUUAAACGUAAUUUUGUCCGUAUUUCCUCUACGAACUGCGUCUGUGAGUGUGCGUAAUUGUGCGCAGACUCCCCUUGCGUGCAACACUUUACGCAGACUGUACAUGUGUCACGCUGUCUGCUGUUCAGUCGCCCUCAGAUUGCAUCCAGUCAAAAUACCGCCCGUCGGCUGAGUGUGAACGUGCACAUAUGCUCGAUGGCGGCUGGUGUCUGCUGCUUCAUGAUGGCUCAGAUGUGGGAACUAUAAGUGAUGAAUAUUUACAGUAUAACGCGCAGCUACAUGUUAAUUGCAGGUUUAAGUGUAAGCAGGAGGUAGUUGUUUCCUCGGCGCUGCUUUGAGUCUCCUCUACAUCCCUGUCAGUCAUUUCCCUCCUGUUUCGGGGGGUGAGAAAUGAUAUUACCCAUGCAUCCUCCCCCCUCUUUCUCUUCUUCCUCGUCCUCAGCCCUUUCCAUCCGCUCAGAAGCUGCUUAACCUUCCUCACAUAGUGUGUUUUUCUCCCUGUAUGACAGCUCUCAAAUAUUCCAAUUGAUUUACUGAACGAAUCCUGCAAAAAUCUGGCCCACAGUGAAAAAACGUUUUAUUAUACGCAGGCCCCACGCCCUGCCCUGAAAAUAGUCGGUACCUCUCCAAGGAAAACAGUCAUUUAUUUGACAUUUUAAACCGCCCCACGCGAGCAGACUGCUUUAGAGUUACGUUUGCAGACAUGAAUAAUCAGAGAAGUGAGUAAGUCUUGUGCUUUAUCCUGAAAAUACACGUUUGUUUCCCUCACUAAAAGCACGUUUGAAAAUUUCUGAAUCUAGAUGUCAGGUUUCUCAUUCUGAGCAGACAACCAUGAAAAAGACACCACAGUCUAUUUUUUGCCUGCCUCCCUUUUUCCACAGUUGGACAGAAAUACCAUAUAUAGCUCUAUAAACCGUCUCUUUGUCCUUUUACAGGCGAAUGUUCCCCAGCUUCAAAGUAAAGGUCACGGGAUUAAACCCCAAAACUAAAUAUAUCCUCCUGAUGGAUGUUGUUCCUGCAGAUGACCACCGGUACAAAUUUGCUGACAAUAAAUGGUAAGUGAAAAUCAAACACAAAAAAAAAAACAGAAAAUUGUUUAGAAAUUACGCACAAAUUCCGUUAAGAGAGGUCACUGUUUUGGGGGUCACAUUAACUCCUCUCUGUGGAGUUUACCCCAACAGGAAAUUUUGUUUUGUUGUCCUGAUGGACGAGAGUCGGAAGUGGACAUAUUAAUUCCCCAAGAGUUAUGAACUGUGCGUCUUCUCAUGCGUGCCAAGAAAAGAAGUCAGCUGGGAGAAAUGUCUCUGCCGGGCCUGACUUUUCAGCGAUGAUUGAAUGUUUUUUUACCACCAGAUUUGCAACAAGGCUGUCUUUCUGUGCAGGGCACAAACGCAGCUAUUUGUUUAGUGUCAUGUCUAUCUCUCUAACCUUGGGCAGGAAUGCCUUGUGUGGGUCAGCGCCUCUCAAUGAGGGCUUACUUAAAGAGGAUAAUCACAUGCCAAUACUGCCGAUAAUGACCUGUCCAAAGCAUGUCCUGGAACUAAUUCUCCUCUUGAUCUAACGAUGUUGGAAAACAAUGUCUACCAGCUCUAAUCUGACCACUGACAACCCGAAAAACAGGGAUUAUAAACGUCACACGAAGGCACCAGAGGUCAUUUUUGGUUUAGAUAAACUUAAAGAAGACUUAAUGAAAAGUUUUACGAGUGGACAUCCUGGUGGCGUGUGCGUAAAAAUCCAGUGCGUAAGUGGAAAGAAAACAAAUGACGCCUACAUACUUGAUUCAAAGGGUCGUUUUGUUCCAAGUUUUUGUUUUAAUAGAAUUUUAAGUUUUCUUUCAAAUGUGUCACAGGAAAUGAAAACAGUCUCAGUGCAAUUUAUAUAUCUUUAUUCACAAUAUGCAGCAUCUAAUUCAGAAAGUUGCUGCGUAAUUUUAGAUUUUUCGUUAAAAUAAGCUUCUUCAGUUUAGGUGAUGGCUGCAUACUUUUCUCUUUUUCCCUUAACAUGUCCACACUAUAAUUUAGAUAAUUAAUUGCAACUUUUUCAUUCCAAAUAUUCCGCAUUCAUCUCAGAUAGCCUAACCCACGCCUGAUUUCUUCAUUUUGAUAAUGAAAAUAAAACUCCAGGUGAAAGGGGAACUCUCCAGCUGACUUUUUUCACUCCCCUCCUCACAGCUGUGGGUGUUAACAGUGUAACUGUUGCUGUAUUUUAGGUCUGUGACCGGGAAAGCAGAGCCCGCCAUGCCCGGCAGGCUCUACGUGCACCCGGACUCUCCUGCCACCGGCGCGCACUGGAUGAGGCAGCUCGUGUCCUUCCAGAAGCUCAAACUGACCAACAACCACCUGGACCCGUUCGGACACGUAGGUGCCUAUUGGCCUGUCAUCUAAACUAUUUCACCGUGCCCACGUGCGCGCGCGUGAGUGUGUGUGUGUGUGUGUGAGAGAGAGAGAGAGAAAGAAAGAGGGAAAGAGUGCGUGUGUGUCAGCGCGUGAGCACUUUUAAAGCUGCUGCUGCUGCUGCGUGGAUCACAGUGGUGUGUUUUGGUUUGUGGCGUUACAGCUGAGGAGUGUGAGGGAGUAAUUGCAGUUACAACUAUUUUAUCACUAUUAUUAUUUUAUAAUUAUUUUUAGCCUAUUAUAACAUUUUUUUCCUAAACAUAAUGUGUCAAACAAAAGGACAAUAAUUUAGAUGGAUUUUUUUUAACAUAUACUUCAGUUUUUUAAGUCCUGAAAAACCGAAAAAUUAACAAAAAUUAAGGGUGAAAAAGGGGGGUUAAUUAUCCAACAUUUAUCUUUAUUCAAACAAAUAAAAACACAGAUAAACAGUCAAAUAUCAAAAGUCCAAAAAGAUAUAAUUUUACUUAAACACAGGUUUAAAAAGUUUUGAAAAAUCUGUUUAAAAGUUGUUUAAACCAUUAUUAAAGUUUUGUUUUUAAUUUGCUCUUUAACCAAUAAAUACCCAAACUGGUAAAACAAUGACUCACUAUCAAAACAAGUCAUUUACCUUAAUGUUUUAAUAAGAAGAAAAACACACAACCCCUCUCCAAGUGUGCUUGUAAAACACUGUUUUGUACAAUUGAAUAAUAAAAAAAAGUCCAAAUUUUCUCUGUUAAAAAAAACUUUUAAAACUUUAAAUAAAUAAAUAAACCCAGGCUCACUAAACUUCCUCACUGUUGCACAACAACUGUUGCAAAAACCUUUAAGCAAUAAAGCUGCAUUUAAAUUUAAGAAACUUGUUGCAACUUGGUUUAAUCUGUAGGAUAAAAAGUUACACAAACUUUGAAGUCUGUAUGUAAUUUUCAAAAAAAGAGAGAGAGAGAGUGAAAGUGCAAUCAGCCAAAAAGCUCCAAGUGUUUUUACUUAAAAAAAAAAAAAACUGUCUGCAAAUUACAUCAAGAUUUUCCCUUUUACCGACAAUCAAAAGUGAAGUAUUUUUGCAAUCUUGGAUAAAGUACAAACUCAUGGUUUUACAAAUGGGAUCAAUUUGCUGCAGUGUAACUUGUGUUUUCUGUUAAAUUUCUACAAACACAAUUAAACAAGACAGAUAAAUCCCAACAAGUGAUCGUAUUUUUAGUAAAAAGAAGCAGAAACAUCUUCAAAAUGAAAUGAUCCCAGAACAAGAGUGGGGUUGUGGCCUUCAGAGAGUUUUAUGACAUAGAUAUGGACAAGUGAUUGAUUUGAUAAUGUGAAUUCAAAAUGUCAGGAGUGUUUCAGGUUAAAAACAUAAAAAAACAAAUUCUAAUCUUGAGAAAACUUUACUGUCUAUGUUUGAUGUUAGAAUAAAAAGUUAAAUCUCUUUUUUGGCACUAUUUGUUGCCUGGGUUUAUUACUGCACCCCCUGCAUCCUCCAAGUUUUCGACCUCCUGGAGCAGCCGAGCACUUUUUUUUAAGCAAAACGGAAAACUGCAAUUGCACCCCCACCCCUACCCUCUGCCUCCCUCCUUUUCCCCACCCUGCUUUUAUGCUACGGGCCUGUAUAUGGUAUGGUAUGGUACCCAUUUUCUAACUUUAACUCCUCAUUAUUCCCCGCUCACUAUCCAGCCCCAGGCUUUUUGUGAUUCCUUUCAGAAACACACAAACAUCACUUACUUCAUCUGCAAAAUGGGCUCUGCUGGCUGCAGGUUUUCAUCAAAAACUUCAACAUGAAGCCAAAUUAGAAGUCUUGUUGUCGAAACACAAUAGUGGCAUAAUGAGUUUUUCUUACUAAUAGGCUCUGUGAUAAAAGGAGAACAGUUAUGGGGUUGGCAGAAGUGUGCUGAGAGCUUUGACUUUGGUUAAGGAGAUGGGUUACAUGAGGAGAGACACGAGGCACUAGAUGAAGUUGAAAGUGUGGAAAUGGUUUUGUUAAUGUUGAUUCGAGCUCUUAAAAGGUGUCCUCAGAAAGGAGAACAAUUACCCUGUUUUCCAAGGAGAUGUCAUUAAGAUGCUGCAUUUAAUGAAUCCCAUUUAUCAUGCACACUGAGUGGAGCCACAUGCAGGUACUGAGGAUCUUUAAUUAGACUCUUUUUAACCAAUCAAAAUCCUUAACUGCAUCCACUUCCACACACACAAUCCACUAUCUGUUUCCAUGGCACCUAUAGAGAGACUGCUGCCCUGCCAGAGCCCAGCUGCUGAGCUGAAACCGGAUCUCAGCAGGAAUGUGUGCGCUGUUGUAAAUUCUGGGUUUGGAGCACAUUUUUGAUUGGUUGCAGCGGUUCUUGGCUCCCCCCGUUUCGUGCUGGGAGACAGCACCCUGGGAUUUAUAAAUGAAAUGUGUUCCAUCGGCUUGUUGGUCCAGCUGGUUGAAAUAACUUGUCGAUGAUUUAUAAUUACCAGCAGGGAGACAUGAGACUCAAACAUAUUGCUGAUGUCAAUCGGAGCAGCCUAAAAAGAAGAUUGAAAGAGUCGUUUUUCUCCAGAAAUGUUCGGUAAUUAGACACGUCAGAGCAGGAGAGAGAGCAGGGCCCGACUCAGCAAGAUCUAAAUGAGACGGGUACGACGAGUCUGAGUCAGGCCUGAGCUGAGAGCAGCAGCUGGAGUGAUAGAUCGUUGAAAAGGCCUAAAUGCAGCUUUGUCUCCUAAAAUCUCCUGUAAACAUUACCAACUAUAAAGCUCCUCUGAGAAACUUUUUGUUUAUUGAUUGUGGCGCCCCCUGUGGACAAAGUGAUGUGGAAAAAUCUGUCUUCUCAGUCAGAAGUAUCACUCGUGAUGAUUAUAAUUACCCUUACCCUCAAAAUAAAAUAUCAGUUUUUAGUUUUUUUUCUUGUGUGCUUUUGUCGUGUCAGUUCAUUAAAGCUAUGUUCACACUGCAGGUCAAUUCCGAUUUUUUAACCAUAUGUGACUCAUAUCUGAUUUUUUCAUGUAAGUGUGAACAGUGCAAUUCAGAUUUUUUCAAGUCCGACUCAGGCCUCUUUUGUAUGUGGAUAUAAAUCGGAUAUGUAUCCGAUGUGACUGCAGUGUGGACGCUCAGGUCACGUUCAUCCGACCUAUACGUCAUCAAUAUGCGACAAACAUCACCAUUGUUCGACAACACAAACAGGCGCGGAAAGCAAUUUGCGCAUUGUGCGCAUGCGGAUCCUUCAUGGACGCAUUCAGUUCACAUUAGAUGUCGCAUUCGUUGUUGUAAUGUGAACAACUGCACAAAAAAUUCGGAUUUAACAAAAAAUCAGAAUUGUGCAUCAUAACCUUCAGUGUGAACGUAGCCUUAGUUCCUGACUAUUUUUGUCAGAGGAGAAAAAGGAAGUCAUUGCUGGGAUCAAGUUUUGAAACUUUUUUAAUUGAUUGAUUUUUAAAACUCUGAAUCUGCUGGUUGUUUUUUAAGGUGAAGUGGGUGGAUGUAGCUAUCACUGUGUACUUUUGCACAGAAAUGUGGACUUGGACUCAAAUCAGACUCAAGCCACAAAUUUGUCGACUUAAGACUUAAAUCCACAUCAUCAUACAGGACUUUCAACUCGGUGUGGACUUGAACACCAAUGACUCGUGACCUCACUUUGUCUUGAGAGUUGUGAUUUUACAAUAUUUGAGAAUUUAAGUGUGUAUGCUUUAAAAAAACGUCCCAUCACUCCCCAAAUUAACUCUUUCUAACCAAGAUUGAUGUUAAUAAAAACUUAUAAAGCAACAAGAACUAAAGUCAGAAAAACUUUUUUUCUUUUAUUGAACUGAAAAUACAAAUGAACCCAAAAUGAAGGGCCACGAAAAGUGUCCUUUGGUUUUUGUCUAAGGCCCUGUUCACACAUGUGCAGAUAUUUUAAGUUUUUAGCCUCCUGUUAACUCUGAAAUGAAUCUUUAGGAAAUCAGGUUUUAGAGAACGCUGUGAUAUUAAGAAAUCAAAAGAUUGUUUUAGUCUGACUUUCUGGAUGAAAGUUGAGUCCCUGUGUUUCACCAGCGAACCCUCUUUUCACAUCCAUGUCAUAACACUGUCUAUAAAGUUAUUUUUAACACCGGUCCUGCCUCUCACUCAGCAAAUCAGCAACUGAACUGAUGUUUUGAGUUUUUUCUACCCUUAUUUGGUCUUAAAGUAUCACAUAUCACAAAAACCUACACUGAACUAAUAAAAACUAAACUUAGCUAAGCAUUUUAAAAAAAAAUAAAACUUAACCAUUACAGCUAAACUUGCAAAGAAAGAGUCAAAGUGAAAUCUAAAUAAAAACUCAUAAAAAUUCCAAAACUGUUACAGCUUUGAGCAAAUCUGGUUCAUUCAUCCACAGCCAGAAGGAAAAAUUUCCCCCAGAAUAAUCUUUAAUUUGAAGCAUCUGACAACAUCCAGUCAGGUUUGAGAGCAAAAGACGAGAAAGAGACCGUGUUACGUUGUUAUCAGAGCCACUGAAUGAAUAACUGGUUAGCUCCAGCUGCACAAACAUGCCACAAAAAAAUCAGUGUUUGCAGUGACGGUAAACACAUUUAUCAUGCUACAUUAGAUGUACUUGGUGGUCCCUGAAGGGAAAAUUUGCUGUGACCAAAAGUGCAGCAAAAAGAAAAGAUUACAACUUUUAUGUAAUAAAUACAAAAAACAAGCAACAGGUAACAUCAAAAUAAAUCAAGCCACCACCAAAGUACGAAGCAAUAAAGUGACAGAUUUGAAAAAAGUAAGAAAAAAAAUUACAGAUCAGAUCUUUAAUGAAAAUCUGAAAGAAAUUAAAACAUGAGUAAUAAACUGUAUAAGAACUGGACUAACAGGAUUCAAGUUCAGCUGUACUUAUAUACAACACUGCUACAUUAUUUCUGCUUAAUUAGCUUCUUUUUAGUCUCAGUUUUCCUUCCUGUCCAGCAUAAAGGGAUACAUUUCUUAAUGAAUGUUGAAUACAUUUUCUGUCUUUAAUAAGUAGAUUAUAAAUGUUUAAAUGGCAUUUCAUUUUGGGGAAGAGCGCAAAUGACUGUUUAAGACUGGAAAUUCAAAGCUUAGGACUUUGGACUUGACUCAGGACUUGAGACUUUAAAAAACAAUGCCUUUAUCCCAGUUCUGCUUUUACACAACACAGUAGUCUCAAUGAUUCUUGUGAUGCUGAAAUUCUUUUUCUUUUUUACAUUCUGAUCAUAUUUUGGUCCAUUUUAAGUCAAAAUAUUCAAAAGUUGGUAGGUUCAAAUAACAGGUAGAGAGUUUACCUAUAGUGAAACAGACUGAAAUUGAUGUAUGAUAAAUAGACACAAACAGGACUAUCAGGGACCAGAUUUGCAAUGUUUACACUGUACUAUAUAAGCAGGAGUAAGGGCUAAGCAAACACUUCUUUGUCCACAGGGGGCGCCAAAAAUGACACAAGCUUAAAGUUCCUUACAGGAGCUUUAAGACUGCUAAAACUUCAACCACUGCAAUGUGGUACUACUAUGAUCUAUGAAAUUGGUUUUGAGCAACUUGAGAAAUAAUAUCCAUAAGCUUCAAACUUAAAGCAGUACAAUAAAGCUCAGUCCAAGAUGCAAAAAGGAUAAGUUGGAAAAAAUAAAAUCUAGCAAAACAUUCACAAACUUGACUGAAAUAAUGCUUUACCUUUUUUUUUCACUUUCAUUUUUGAUUCCAUUACCUUUAUGCUUUCAUUUGAUUACAACUUGAAAAGUAGGACUAUUAUCAUGAUAAAGCAUCUUGAUAUUACAGCAGCUGAUAGGGGUUACUAUCUAAAUCACUUCAAAAUGCCACUUUCACUGUUAUUUUUAUAUUUUUAAGUACACAAACUGUUGCUCUUCCUCAAUGUGAGCUCUGAAACUGAAUGCGUUUCUGUCCCAUGUUUUACAAAGCUUCUCUUUCCCCUCUGAUCUCCCUCUAAACUUGUGGAAUAUUCCUCCCUGUUGCACAUCUUACCCCUCUGUCCACUCCUGCACACUCUCGUCUCCCCCCUCCGUCUUCCCACACAUGUUUUUUUGGGCCAGGCGGGUGGAGUGUGAGGAUCUCACUGUUUAUGUUUGAAUGGCAGUGUGCGCUGAGCAAUAGAUGAUGGUGUACAAAGCCUGCUGAUCCUGCGGCUCGGAGAAAACUCUCUGAUGUGGGGGAACAUGAAAGAAGAGGGCAGCGGCUCGAGACCCAGAGUGAUCCCUCACUAUCAUUAAAUACUAUCAUCUAGAAGAGGUGGAGGAGAGGGGGAGGCAAGAGAUACAGGGAGACAAGGCGUGUGCAGGAGCCCCAGUGGGUGGUCUGAAUCUACACCCCUGCCCCCCCACUAACACAUACUGGACUUUGGGAUCCCACAGUCAGCAGAGCGUGCUGUUUUCCAGGGUGAAACGUGUGUUUAGAAAUUUCCAUGCAGCUUCUAAUGUGUCUCAGUGGUGGACAUUUUUAGCUCUUAAAACCCUGUGAGUGAUGGCUUUGUUGUUGUGGUGGGUCCCGAUCUUGGAUGCAUCUCUGCAGACCUCAAAGUAAGCCAUUAAUGAUCGCGUGUAUGGGAAAAAACUUCAGUUUAGCCUAUUUUUUCUUUGCACCCUGAGUGUUUGAAAAGUUUUAAACUGCUCUCUGCAAGAAUGACAAAAUAAAAACUGUACUGCUUGAUGACUGGGACAUGUGCAUAAGAAGAUUUUCGCUCAUACAGUCGCAUGACAACACAGGAACCAAUGCAAUGGAGGGAAUGAAGUUUUAGCUGCUAGGGGCGUUUUUUGCAAAAACUGCUUUCAAAAACCUUUUCUUGCGAAUGUUUUCAUAUAUAGUAAAAUUUGCAAACACUGGACAUUAAACAGCUGCUUACAAGAAAUGUACAUAACCCAAAUGUUAUGUUCAGGGUCAUAAAUUUCCAUUAGAUCAUCCUGCAUCUAUACGAUGCAUGGAAACCAGAAGGGCACACACUUUUUACCCACUUCCAGCCCAUUAAAAAAACCUACUGCACCAUGAAAUGAGAUCAGAUUUAACUGGAAGUUGAUAAAAGAGGACUAUUUUAUUAUGUUUGGAAGCCUGAAGGGUUCAUUUGGCCCUAAAAAAGGACCCGGGGUUAGGUCUGUUGCAUGCUAUAGGAUGCCCCUACAGGUUCAGGAGGGUUUGUCUCUUCUCUGUGAGAUAACAGACAGGAGGAAUGCCUGUGGGAAGGUAAAGGAAGAAAGGCCUCAUAUGAGUGGGUUAGGGGGCUUAUUUUGAUUUGUUUAAAUGUAAGUGGAUCUAAAAAGUAAACUUCUAUACGUUUCUUUAAUGCGGGUGACCAUGACUCCCUGCUCCGUCAAAGCAAUUAGACUUAAGAUGCACGGAUGAGAGGGCCUCAAAAGAGAAGUUCAAGGCUCAAGUUCAGCGCGUCUUAAUGUCGCCAACCUAGCUGCUGGUAGGAGUCGUCACUUAGCGCAAACUAGGUUAGUCAGGUUAGAGGGGCAAACAGAGAGCAGGCGUGCUAAUGUUAGCCAGUUACUGCUGGGACUGCUCAUCGACUCUAAAAAACUGUAAUACAGCGAGUUAACCCUCUGGAAAGAUGAAGUUUGGAGUUGCAUAACAAGCUAGUCUUUGUUUCAGGUCAUAAAGUAAGAAUGCACACAGCUUUAUUUAAGGUGAACUAUGCAUAAAAUCAAGGGAAAAAAUACUUUAAUGUCUUUUUUUAUCCUCGAGAGGAAAAUCUUAUGCAGCAGUCUCACAUAAAGAACAAAAAAGUACAACAUUCAGAAUUUUCCAGAUUUAUAGACGACUUUUAGGGAGACUUAAUUACAGAGGUCACACAACAGAGACACAAAAAUGGAUCAACACUCCACACACCACAGACUGGAUUUCUUGUAAAAUAAGGGGAGGUUUCUCUCUUAGUUUUUUGUGUAGUGGAAGGACACUGAAAGGAGUCCUGCAGUCCCAGUCCCUGAUAACACAAUGUACACUGUAAAAACAACAAGUCAGGAAAACAGAAGUUAGCCCAAAUGAUGUAAGUCAAUAGUUAGUUUUCAUGUCAUCUCAAGUUUUCCAACAUUUUUAUUCAAUUGAUUAUUUAUUUAUUUAUUUUUGUAAUCAAAAAGACAAACUUCAUUUUAAAGUUUCCCCAGAAGGUCCAUGAUUCAAAUCCUGGUUCAGCCAUUUAUGACAAUGAAAUGCUGUGUGAGAAUAAAAUGCUAAUUUAUAUAAAUUAAAUAAUCUAAAUGAUUACAAGUAGCCUAAAUUACAUUGCAAAACAUUUUUUUGAGUGAAUGCAAAUUCCUUCAACUUAAAAGGACACUAACUUUUUUAUUUAUUUUUUUAAGAUUGCCAACUCUUUUUUUUUUUCACAGUGUUGUCAUUUGCCCCCUUAAAAAAGCGUUAAUUUUAUCAUCGUGUACCUCAAAUAUUCUUAUAUAUAUAUAUAUAUAUAUAUAUAUAUAUAUAUAUAUAUAUAUGUAUUUAAAGGAUAUAAAAGUGAAUUUUCUUUACCUUAGUUGCUGCCCUGUCGUUUCGUUUUUUUUUUACUUAAGCACAAAUUCUGACAUUGAAACUCUUAAAAAAAAUGUUUGCACUUUAUUCUUUUUAUACUUGGUUCGUUUUGCUCACCUGUUUGCAUCUUUUUGGUGAGUUUUAUAAAGCUCAAAUGCUGAAUCUGACCCAUCUUGGCAGUUGCAAAAUACCCAAUCUGUACCAAAGUGUCAGGCUGUGUAAAAAAAAAAAGAAAAAAGGAAAGAAAGAAAGAACUUCCUUUUUAUAAGUUAAUUGCAGCAUUAUUUUGAAUCCACCAAACCAGGUUUUAAUUGUAGUGAAGAUUUCAGACUUAUUUUGGAGGACGUUCUCAGACAGAUUUAAACUGUCUAAUUGAGUUGUUAAAACAAUUUUUGCUCCGUUUAUUUCUUGUCUUUUUCACACGCUUUACCGUCACCCACGGUUUAAUCCUCUACUGUACGUUUUAUUCUUAAGAAGGUUUCUAAAACAGACUUCUCUAUCUCCUUUCCUUUCCUCUAGAUCAUCCUAAACUCCAUGCACAAGUACCAGCCGCGGAUCCACAUCGUCAAGGCGGAUGAAAACAACGGCUUCGGCUCCAAAAACACGGCCUUCUGCACUCACGUUUUCACGGAGACAGCCUUCAUAGCAGUCACGUCCUACCAGAACCACAAGGUAAGUCCUGCAACGAGCUUUACUUUUUUACUUUUUUAUUUUUUUCUCCUUUCUAUUCUUUUAUUGCAGCCUGUGACUCAGUAAAAAGGCAUUUUUAAAUUCAUGGAGGCGAUUUAUGGGGCGAUUUUGUUUUUACAAUGUUUCCAACGUGGCAGAAAGUUCCAGAAAUACAAACAGAGACACGUGUUGCGCAUUUAAAUCUGAGCCAAAAUGCAGAGUAAGUACAGCUUCCUAGUCCCUUUAUAGCAAAACAAAAAAAGUCAUUUAUAUACAGAGAAUGUGUCUUUAUUUUAUUUAUUUAUACGCCCAUUUCUCUCGGUAAACGGGGAGUGUUGAUGGCAGGAGAGAGAAUGAAAGGCAGAGCUCUUCAGUGAGGUUGAAGUGAAGCCUUGUCCCUGUCAGCUGAAAAUCUCUGAUAUCACAUUGAGUCACUGACAGACGAGGGAAAACUUAAGAUAGCUGACUAGACGACGUCUGACCUCAAGGGACUUUUUUUUCUGAAAGAUCCAGGCCUGCAGCGCUUUGUAGCGAGAGAGCAGCCUCAGAUAAACGGAUCAACCUCUGGCGUCAAAGUUUCAGUCCCCCUGAAAAACAAAGUACCCGGAAAAAACGAGUUACUUUCAUUGACGAGAAACACACUAAUCUAUUAUUGUUAUUAUUAUUAUUAUUAUUAUUAUUAUUAUUAUUAUUAUUAUUAUUGAACAGUCCAGUAAUUAGCUUAUUUGGAUAAUCUCCUUCUGCUGGGCACGUUUUAAAAACCUGUUAUACGUGACUAUUUUUUUUAAUUGACUCAACUUAUUUUUUUUUUAUAUAAUGAAUUAUUUAUCUCAACAAUCAAGUUUAUUUCCCUUAUUCUCUAAAACAGCAAUUUUCGUGUUAGCAAAAAUAUAAUAAUAAAAAAAACGAGAGGAAGAAACCGGAAGUUGACGCUACAUGUAAGAUUUGAUAUUUUGGAAAUGCUCUGCUCGGUAAAUGGGCCUUUUGUGUCUGUAACUUGAGUUUUAACCUUUAUCUUCACAAUCAGUUUUAUUUCCCUUAUUCUCCAAAACAGCAAUUAACGUGUUAGCUAAAAAUAAAUCAAUGAAAAAAAAAAAAAAAAACGAGAGGAAGAAACCGGAAGUAGACGCUUCAUGUGAGAGCUGAUAUUUUGGAAAUGCUCUGCUUGGUAAAUGGGCCUUUUGUGUCUGUAACUUCAUUUUUAACUUUUUUUUUUUUUUUUUUUGCUUGUUUGUUUGUAAGUUUCGAGGCUUCAAUAAACAGAGAAAUAAAUUGUAAUGUUGCUACCUCAUCAUUUAGUGUACAGGAACCUCUAAGAUUUAAUUUUUUUCCCUUAAAUUUUUUGGAAACAGGUAACUAUCAGCUAGAAAUGAAUGCUGUAACUCAAAUCUUGGAUUUCUUUAGGCCAGGUAGUCUCACGGUUUAUAUGUUGCGUGUUAAAACUUGUGGGGGAAAAGGCAGUAAUAAAGGUCAGUAUUUACUCUGCGCACAUUUCUGGGGCUGGUAAAAAUCUUGGGAAUACAGAUAUGUGUAAACAGCGUCUGUUUAACGUCAUUUAACCGUGUGGGCCUAUAUGUUUUUAGUUUGGGGAGUACUGGGAGUAAAGGGGCGAAAGCUCGUAAUGUCCCCACAGCCAAUCACGGCGCUCGCGUGCUUCUGGGAACAGGAAGCGCAAAUGACCGACAUGCUGUAGAAGCCAUUCAUUAUUUUUCAAACAUCUUAUUGGGGGCUGAGAUCGUAACCCCCGGGCUAAUUAUUGGGGCUUUCCAGACGUGCAGAAAAACAAGCAUUUUGUGAUUUCCAGGCCUUUUACCACAACUGUCUAAUCAAACAGUCGAACAUCUGUGGGAGCAAUAAGAGCCGCAGGCAUGAGUCGAGUUCACCUGUUGGACUCUCAGCUAAUGAAAAGGGUUCAAGUCUCUGGUUUCAGGUUUUCCUGUCGCAAAUGUAACAGAAACUUUUUUCCAUACUGUUUUCUGAAAAGACAAAAAAGUUUAAAGCGACUCCUUUCCUCAUAAGUUAUAUUUGAUACAUCUUGUUUUCGCUUCUGCAGGCUGAAAUAGCUCAAAGCAUAUACAUUUCUAUAGGCCUCAGUUAUUUUAAUUGGCAUGUUUUGGAUCUAGCGAAACUAAGCCGCUUUUGAAGUUGUGGAUCGUUUUUAACGUACAACCAAAUUUAUUUUUAACAGCAUUCUUGUACAAUAAGUUCAAUCUUUUCUGCAGAAAAACAGCACAAUGUUCUGCAAAAUGUCACAUUUUCCUCCCUUGUGGAGUUAAAUCAGGCUAUCACUUUGGAAAGGCUCAGUGUUUGUCUAGUUUUAUGUCCUCUUGGAUCGCCCGCAGAGGGUAACAGGAGUUCAAAGUGGCUCUGAACUUGUUAUUCCAAACUUUUUAAAAGAGAUGAAACAAUAUAUAAAAGCUCUGCCAGGGCAGUGCACAUUAACAAGAAGCUAUAGAGUCAAGUGUCACACGAGAGAUUUUACAAGGUUUGGUCAGAGUGUCAGCCAGCGUGCAGACUCAAACCUCCAGUCUUGUCAGGAAGCCGGAGGAGCUGCCAGCUAAUUACCUGCCAGAAACCGCUGCUCAUGAGAGGGAUCCCCCCCGGAUUGUGUGGAGUCUCAUCGGGAUUAAUUUAUUCUUUCAGGGUGGCUUCCUGCACUUUAUUCUUACAUGAUAUUUACAGAGACAUUUAUUACCAAAACACCAAGUCAGGUAAUUAAUCACUUUAUUUGCAUCUGUCAAACAGGAUCCAACUAUCUGUUUUUGCCAAAAGCUGUCAGAUCAGAUGUAACUUUAUAAAUUAUGAAAUGAAAAUAUGUCUUCAGGCAUGCUUUUAUUCAGUCAUUUCUUGAAGGAGCCCUCGAAGCCUCUUAAAUUUCUGAAAAGCUUUCGUUUUUCCCUCUUGGGUUGAGAAAAAUACUUCAAAAUAAGGCGUUAGAAAAACACCUCCUAAUAUUUUCAUCAUAUCAGCUUCAUGCCGAAAAAGAUCCUGCAAGCUUCUUUAAAAGUUUUCUUUGAAAAAAGAUGCACAUGUGAGUGGAAUUUAAUUAAGUUUUUAAAUUAGUUUAGGAUGUUGUAAUAAAGUUGCACAUCCUGCACAACAAAAGGUUCCUAAUGCAUAGCAUGUUAGUAAUUAAGUGUUUUUGUUUUUUUCCAGAUAACUCAGCUUAAGAUCGAGAACAACCCAUUUGCAAAAGGCUUUCGUGGAAGUGACGACAUGGAGCUGCACCGGAUGUCCCGCAUGCAAAGGUGGCUUUGAGUUGAUGUUUUAUUUUGAAGGAUGUUUGCAUUUCAGUGACCUGUCUUUAAUUGAUCCCGGUUUCUGACACUCGGAAAUACUUACACCAGCUGAGUGAUGUCGAACGAGUUGGAUAAAUGUUGCAGGGAUUACUGACAUCCUGGUCACACUGUCACUUAACAAGCCCCUUAACUUUAAUCCUUCAAUCAUCGAAACGCGAGCCAGUUGUGAGUGUUAUUUUCAGUGAGUGUUAUUCUCAGUGAUGUAAGUGUAGCUCUUGAUCUGCGGCCAGAUUUCAUGCUCAAGACUUUUAUGGCUGAUCUGGCAGGACCUCUGAGACACAACUGCAACAUCUCCUUUCCAUAAGGCCAUUUUUGCAAGGAUGUUCCAACUGCUUUUGUGUGUGUGUGUGUGUGUGUGUGUGUGUGUGUGUGUGUGUGUGUGUGUGUGUGUGUGUGUGUGUGUGUGUGUGUGUGUGUGUGUGUGUGUGUGUGUGUGUGUGUUUGAAACCAGUGGUAUCGAUUGGUCCGGCAGCCAAGGCAGAACACGACCACAUUGCUCUCUCGCUGUUAUUCAGUCCAGAUGAGGGAUGGAGCAUGCGUCCGUGCUGUGUGGAAAACACAUUUUCAAAGGAGAAAAUCUGGUUUUGAAAACUCAAAGCCCACCCUCCCCCACCCCUCAUUUAUGCAGCUGAUACAGGCAUUGUGUAUUCUGUUGUUAAAAAACCCAAAUCGGCGAAAAAAAAGGAAAAAAAAAAAACAGUGGAAAAGCUGUUUGGCUUUCGGACAAGGUGCUAAAAUCCAACCUCCUUCCCAUAACCUUUCAGUCCGAGCCAGAGAGUACAGAUCUUUGUAAUUAAGCAUCUCAGAUUAAUGUCAUGGCUUAUUAUGUAGAGCAAAAGCCUUGGAAAUCAUGAGGUACAUUUCCUUCACUUUAAGGCUUAAAACGGCACAUUUGAUUGUAUCAGACACACGUUAAGUAACUUUAAGUAGGUGCACGCCACAAUUUAAUAUGACAUUUUGAGUGAAAUGCAUUUCAUCUAUCAAAACUAGCGAAUGCAAAGAGCAUGGUGAAAGUCCAAACCACACUAUCAAUCUUACUUGCCUUUGUCCAAUCCUGCCGAGUACAGUGAAAGCUACGCACGUCUGCUCCUGGUUACAUUCUUGAAGGGAGGGCUUAUUGCAAAACCAGGUCACUGUUUCAACCGAGGCGAUCCCCUGAAAUCAAAGAAGCAAAAGUAGCAAAAUGAUCUAUUGACGGAUGCUGGGGUUUAAUCGGAGUGAAACAUGCUGGCGUGUGGAGUGGAAAGUGGUUUUCCCCCAAGAUGAGGGUCUCUCUGUGUGUCCAAGUACAGAAUUAAACCUCAAAUUUGGCUGCUUAUUUGUCUUUUAUGAACUGUAAAUGAUUGUUACUGUGUUUUUUUUUCUGUGUGUGUGAAUAUAGCACCAAGGAGUAUCCAGUGGUACCUCGCAGUACAGUGCGUCAAAGAGUGGGCUCAAGCCAAAGCCCGUUUAGCGGGGACGUCCAGGGCAUGGCCACCCCGAGCACCCUGAGCUCCCAGUACUCCCAGUGUGAGAACGGGGUCACCAGCACCUCACAGGACAUGCUGCCUCAGUCGGGUUCAUACCCACUGCCACACGAGCAUGGCCAGGAGUACCACUGCAUCAAGAGGAAAGGUAGUAUACUGAAAUCAGACAAACACAACUCUCUGGUGCAGUCAUAUUGGAAAUAUCUUGAUAACAUGAAAAGAAAAAGUGCACUUUUAAUUUCAAAAGUGGUGAUUUGAAGCCUUGUUGGUUGUGCAUCUUCAACUAGCUUUAACGUUUCAGACAAAACUCUGUUUGAUCUGCGUUUAUGAACUCAUUUAUUCACAUUAGAUGAAGUAAAUCAUAUUAAUACAAAAUUCAAAAUACUCCAGAAUUUACCAGAUGUUACAGAUUACCUUCCAAAGUCCCACUCUCCCUUUUUUGUUACUCAUAUGCCAAAAUAAACUUGUUCCCCAGCGUGAGUAUCAAACCCACCUUCAAAUCAUACUGCUCUUAGUAGAGUUGCAUGGAAUAGAUAGGGUGACCAUGUGUCCUCUUUUACUUGGACAUGUCCUCUUUUUUGGGGGCUGUCCAGGCUGUCUGGGUUUGUCCGGGGAAGUUUAUAAAAUCCUUCAAAUAUCCGUGGUUUUGUUCGUAUGUUUCAAUUUUGUGUCACAUGGACUUACUGAGUUAGAAGCGCAUAAAAUACACUCGAUCCGACCCGAAAAACUCUCAGAAUGAACUUCGUACCACUGCGUGACUCCGCCCUCGUAUAGUUGUGUCCUCUUUUUAUGAAGUCAGAAUAUGGUCACCCUAUAACAGAUGAUCCAAAAAUGUUCAGUUAAUUUAGAGGCAGUCUUCAAAUUUAUUUUGCAUAAAUGACAUUAAAGCUUCUAUAUGGAGUUUCCAGAGACAACAUUGAUGAUUUUAAUAUAAUGAAUUGUAAUGCCUGAAACCUGUAAAAGGGGGGUAGAUGUCAGUCAAGUAGCUGAGGAGAGACAACCCUGUUUAAAUUUCUAUAUAAAAUAUUCCCAUUAGCUGAUAUAUGUGACUGUCAAAAGUUGACAGGAUGAGUUUACACUGUUGAGUAUACUGUUUAAGAAUGUAUAGGAGAUAAGUAAUUACUGUUUUUUCCACAGGGGGCGCCAAAAUUGACACAAACCUAAAGUUCCUCACAGGAGCUUUAAUUUUUAAAACGUUCAAAAUAUGUCAUGAAUCUUUAACCAUGAAAAGAUAAAUAAAUACUCCUGCAGUUGUUGUUUGUUAUCUCCGUUAAAGUUUGUUAGAGGUUGGUCAAUUCAAGUUUAAUUACUCUUAAAAAACAAUUAUAAAACAUGAAGAUCACUUCUUACCCCUAUGAGUGACACGGUUAUUUCCCACUGUGUGUCUGCAGUAGAGGAUGACUGUCACUCAGGUGAGCACAGCUAUAAGAAGUCCUACCUGGAGAGCUCGUCCAGUGAGGAGGACCAUUACUACCGUCCUGUCAGCUACGCCCAGAGCCUCGGCUUGGCUGGCGGUCCGUACCGCAGUGAAUCCAGCCAACGGCAGGCCUGCAUGUACGCCAGCCCCUCGCAGGGUGCCGAGCCUGUUCCUAGUUUGGAGGACAUCAGCUGCAACACGUGGGCUAGCGUUUCACCGUACGGGAGCUGCUCCGUCACCACCAUGCAGCCGAUGGAGAGGCUGCCUUACCAACACUUCUCAGCUCACUUCACCUCAGGGUCUCUGGUGUCCAGACUCGGCGGGGUGGGGGGCCACGCCUCUCCGCAGCUGGCCGACGGCCACCACCCGGCCAUGUACCAGAGCUCCAUGACCCACCAGACUCUGGGCCGCCAGUGCAGCCCUGGGGCAGGGAUCCAGUCGCCAACAGCCGGCCUGCAGGGAAACGAGUACCUCUAUACACAUGGCAUACCACGUACACUAUCCCCACACCAGUACCACACGGUACAUAGUGUCAGCAUCAUGCCUGAGUGGAACGAGAACAGCUAA